AUGUUCACCUGGACCUGGACCCGGACCUGGACCUGGACUGCAGUGCUGGUCUUUCUCUUCUCCAACACUCUGACCUCUGCUCUGCGCUGUGAUUGGCUGAAACAUUAUGGUCACCGUAGCAACGAGUGUUUGAAUCUGCUGGAGGACAUGGGUGGUCAGCUGAUUCAAGAGGAUGGUCGGGAUCGUUGUCCUUAUAGACUCUACAGUCGAAUCAGAAACACACAGGUGGAGUCUCAGGUGGUUUUCAUCAGAGACAGUCUGGAGCACAUCCUUCGCCUCUAUGACCAUGGAAACCGAUCCUCGGUUACCUGGGAUACCGUCAACACCGAACACUUCCUGCUGUGUCUCCGCAGUCAGAUCGACAAACUCAACGGCUGCGUGCUGACGUCCAACAGAACCAACCACAGUCUGAGAAAAUACUACAAGAGACUGUCCAAAGAGGUUCUGGACCGCACAGGUAGCAGUGCUGAAUCCUGGGAGUUGAUCAGAAAAAACACCAAAGAGCAUCUGGAGCAGCUGCACCUGCUGGUCAACUCCAUCAGACACCAGCAGGAGGCGGAGCAUAGAGGCCAUCAGGGGGCGGAGCACAGCCACAGGACAAGAGACAAGCACAUCAACGGAACAGCAACAACAAUAACAACAGCAACAAUAACGACAAUGAAAGAGAGGAGCACGGCAGAGGAACAACAAUAA